CAGAAACGGUUCUCUCAGCUGAUCUACUUUCCUUCUCGCUGUAAAAGGCGCGCCCUGCAGCUCUCCUAUUUAUGCGUCAACAGCCCACAGGGCGAACAGAGCUGGAGUGAUACGGUGACUUUAAAGAUGGUCCUCAUCUCGUCUCUGCUCGCGUCCCCGAAGCUGCUGCUGCACCUCUGCAUCAGCACCUUGCACUGCAUCUUCGAGAGCGUAUUUUCAAAGGUUCGUUUCUGGACAGCAGGAGCCUGCAAAGUCUCAAACCCACCUGACAAGAAAUUGGACGAAAGGAAAGACCAAAAUGCAACGACUCCCACAAGUGUCAACUAUCAUUUCACACGCAAGUGUAAUUAUAAAUGUGGAUUUUGCUUCCACACUGCAAAAACAUCCUUCGUCCUGCCUCUAGAAGAAGCCAAGAGGGGCCUCAAACUUCUGCAGGAAGCAGGUAUGGAAAAGAUCAAUUUCUCUGGAGGAGAGCCUUUCUUGCACGAUAAGGGGGAGUUUCUGGGGAAGUUAGUGGAGUACUGUAAAGUGGACCUCCAGCUCCCCAGUGUCAGCAUUGUCAGCAAUGGAAGCAUGAUCAAAGAAAAAUGGUUCCAGAAAUAUGGUGACUAUCUGGACAUCUUGGCCAUCUCUUGCGACAGUUUUGACGAAGCAACCAACCAGCUGAUCGGCAGAGCUCAGGGCAGGAAGAGCCACCUCGAUAAUCUGUACAAGAUCCGCAGCUGGUGCCAGCAGUAUAAAGUGGCCUUCAAAAUCAACUCGGUCAUCAACACCUUCAACGUCGACGAAGACAUGACGGAGCAAAUCGUCGAGCUCAACCCAGUCCGCUGGAAGGUAUUCCAGUGUCUCCUGAUUGACGGGGAGAAUGUGGGAGAGUCAGCUCUGAGAGAGGCUGAGAGGUUUGUCAUCAGCGACCAGCAGUUUCAGGAGUUUCUGGAUCGACACAGCAGCGUCUCCUGCCUUGUUCCUGAGUCCAACGAGAAGAUGAGGAACUCCUAUCUAAUCCUGGACGAAUAUAUGCGUUUCCUGGAUUGUCGAGAAGGAAGGAAAGACCCGUCCAAGUCCAUCCUUGAUGUUGGUGUGAAGGAUGCCAUUUGCUUCAGUGGCUUUGAUGAAAAGAUGUUUCUAAAGAGAGGAGGGAAAUAUGAGUGGAGUAAAGCUGACAUGAAGCUGGACUGGUGAAAUUCUGCUUAUUUAUAUCUGUUAUUUCUGAUUCCACCUUUUCUGAGUGAUUGCUCUAAUAAUUUGUAAAUUGUAUAUUGUUAAAAAGUCUUUUUUUUAUAUAUUUCUGUUAUUUUUAGAACUUACCAUAUUACUUGUGCUUAUUGAAAAACCAGUUAGAUUAAAAAUAUUUUUGUGUUUUGUUUAAGAUUAGCACUGUUUUUUCCUUGCGCUGUAAAUGUAGAAUUGAAUAAAAAAUAUUUUCAAUAUUUUAGAUGAAAAAA